GGGCGCGGGCGCGGCGCGCGUGCCCGGGGCCCAGCAUGUGGCGCGUUCCCCGCCAGCUGUGUGUGCGCGUUGCGAGGGGAGGCAAGCUCUCGGGCCCUCGCCACAGACCCGCUGCCUUCAUGUCCACUCUGCUCAUCAAUCAGGCCCAGUAUGCCUGGCUGAAGGAGCUGGGGCUCCGCGAGGAAAACGAGGGCGUGUAUAACGGCAGCUGGGGAGGCCGCGGAGAGGUUAUCACGACCUAUUGUCCGGCUAACAAUGAACCGAUAGCAAGAGUCCGACAGGCCAGUGUGGCUGACUAUGAAGAAACAGUGAAGAAAGCCAGGGAAGCCUGGAAAGUCUGGGCAGAGGUUCCUGCUCCGAAGCGAGGAGAAGUAGUGAGGCAGAUUGGGGAUGCUUUGCGGGAGAAGAUCCAAAUACUAGGAAAUUUGGUGUCUUUGGAGAUGGGGAAAAUCUUAGUGGAAGGUGUGGGAGAAGUUCAAGAGUACGUGGAUGUUUGUGAUUAUGCUGUUGGCUUAUCGCGGAUGAUUGGGGGACCCAUCUUGCCUUCUGAAAGACCUGGCCAUGCGCUCAUUGAGCAGUGGAAUCCUGUGGGCCUGGUUGGUAUCAUCACUGCGUUCAACUUCCCUGUGGCUGUGUAUGGCUGGAACAAUGCCAUCGCAAUGAUCUGUGGGAACGUAUGCCUUUGGAAAGGAGCUCCAACAACUUCCCUCAUUAGUGUAGCUGUCACAAAAAUAAUAGCCAAGGUUCUGGAGGACAACAAGCUGCCUGGUGCUAUUUGUUCCUUGACCUGUGGUGGAGCAGACAUUGGCACAGCUAUGGCCAAAGAUGAGCGGGUGAACCUGCUGUCCUUCACUGGGAGCACACAGGUGGGAAGACAGGUGGCCCUUAUGGUGCAGGAGAGGUUUGGGAGAAGCUUGCUAGAACUUGGAGGAAACAAUGCCAUUAUUGCUUUUGAGGAUGCAGACCUCAGCUUAGUUGUUCCAUCAGUCCUCUUCGCAGCUGUGGGGACAGCUGGCCAGAGGUGUACCACGGCGAGGCGCCUGUUUUUACACGAAAGCAUCCAUGAUGAAGUUGUAAAUAGGCUUAAAAAGGCCUAUGCGCAGAUCCGUGUGGGGAACCCAUGGGACUCUGAUGUUCUCUAUGGACCACUCCACACCAAACAGGCAGUGAGCAUGUUUCUUGGAGCAGUGGAGGAUGCAAAGAAAGAAGGUGGCACCGUGGUCUAUGGUGGCAAGGUCAUGGAUCGCCCUGGCAAUUACGUAGAACCAACAGUUGUGACAGGUCUGGCCCACAAUGCGUCCAUUGCACACACAGAGACAUUUGCUCCGAUUCUUUAUGUAUUUAAAUUCAAGAAUGAAGAAGAAGUCUUUGCAUGGAAUAAUGAAGUAAAACAAGGACUUUCAAGUAGCAUCUUUACCAAGGAUUUGGGCAGAAUCUUCCGCUGGCUUGGACCGAAAGGAUCCGACUGUGGCAUUGUAAAUGUCAAUAUCCCAACGAGUGGGGCUGAGAUCGGAGGUGCAUUUGGAGGAGAAAAGCACACUGGUGGUGGUCGGGAGUCCGGGAGUGAUGCCUGGAAACAGUACAUGAGAAGAUCCACUUGUACUAUCAACUACAGUAAGGACCUUCCUCUGGCUCAAGGAAUCAAGUUUCAAUAAAGGUGAUGGUAAAUCAGCAUUACUUCAAGUCUUCUAGGCAUUCUUGCAGUUCUUUUCUGAAGAAGAAGAAAAAAAUUAAGAUUUGCCCUGAAUAAAUGCAUCAUUUUGAUUGUGACAGUGACUAGUCUCUUAACCCUGAGGCCCCUGCUAAAUCAAGAGACUUACUUUUUAGAAAUAAAACUGAAUUGUCACAAAUAGCCAUAUUUAGUAAAAGAUGCAAUGAAUUUUUAUGUUACUAGUAGUUGGUGAGUUUAAGGAUUUUUUAUUUUAAUUUAGAAAAAAAAUAGUAGAUGCCAUAGUUAGGAAAUAGGAAAAUAGAAGUCUUCUCGGUACAUGCAGGAACAUGCAUCUAAGAUCGCUAUAGUGAAUGUUGACUCACACUAGCCUCUAGUGUUGGAAAGAAUAGUGUUUGCAGGGAGUAUGCUUGUGUUCCUUGCAGGUGGAGGAGCACAGCACAGCUCCACGUAGGAUGGCUUGCUCUGUAUGGAAUGACUAGGGAUCUCUAUCACCAUUACAGUUUCUCUUGCCCACAUUGCCUUGUGUCACCACAAAAAAAGAUAGACCUGGUGGACACGGGUUUUGGUCCUGCUAUAGAACCUAUACCCACCAAGGACUCUGCCUAUGUCUAUGGGUUUCUUAUGCAACCUUAGAACAUUUUCUUUAUAGUUAUUAUGUUUGUGCAGUUGCACUUGGAUUUGUUCUGGGAGAAUGACCACCAUGUGUGUGCCAGCAUGUGGUUGUAGUAAAAGAAGGAAAGUUCAUUUGUGGUGAAGAAUCUGCCUCCUCCUCUUGGGAAACAGCUUUUGGAGUGGUUCAGCCCGAGCUUUCCUAUUGAGCUCCCAUUGGCUCUUGAAGGCCUCUUCCUGCAGUCUGUAUGCCCUGCUGGGUUGGAACUGGGCAGAAGCCUUCCAAGAAGAUGACAUUUAUAGAUAAUCUGAUACAUUGGGAUGUAUGGGGAGAUUUGGAUGACUGGCAAAGAGUGGGUUGAGUUAUGACGGAAGUAAGCAAAUGAGAAAACUAAGCAAUUAAAAAUUUAUCACGGUGGGAGAGAUUUUCAUACUAUGGCCCAUGGCAUAGUUGGGACUAGUGUUUACCAAGGCACGCUGUUGUCAACCUUGAGUAUUAAUUAAGCAAAAUGCUGAUGAUACAUACCUGUUGAAAGCAUGUUGGCAGGAAGAAGUCAGGGUUACAUCAAAGAGGUGGAUAGUUGCUGUUCUCUAGUGGAAAAUUACUAAUGCCUUAAAGUGCAGAAGUAAGAAAUAGUUAACAAAAUGUUUAUGGAGAUAGGUAAAUGCUCAAAGAAGCAUGGUCUUGCGGGGCAGGGCAAAUGGAAGAUCAGGUAUGGAGAUGAUAGGAAUUGCUGUUUCUCAGAACAUGUCUUAGAGAACUGUUUGAUUCUUUUGGUCAAUAGAAUGUAUAACUUCGAUAAAAAUUAAAACUCAUAAAAAAGAAAA